AUGGAUAGUCCACUCAUUUCUCCAGCUAAAGCCCGGCAGGCUGCCAUUCAGACCAAAGAUUGGGCUUACGUGAACUCCUGGCUCAAUCGAAAAUACGCGCCCAAACCUGUUCCAAAGUUUGAGCGCAACGAAGAUACCCUCCGUGUCCUCCUGACCCUAGCUGCAGCCAAUGAUACUGCCGAUGAUGAGGCUACCCUUCAACAGCGAGCCCGCGAGGAAGCAAUUCAGGCAUACAAAACACGGGAGGAAUUCGAGCGCAAAGAUCCACAUGAGCAACAAAAAAAUCAACUUCUUGAUGAAGUCGAGAUGUCCCUUGAUGAUAAGGGACAGCGGGAUCUAGAAGAUCUCGCCGACUCUGCAGCAGCUCUUGGGAAUACGUUGAAUCCGAAUCCCGGGGAUCUGGGCCAGUCAAUUGUGGAGCUCACUGUGGAGGAGUUUGAAGCCCAGGAACAAAUUGCAAAGGUUGAGACAUUGCAUCGAUACCUCCAGCAAGAGUCAGCCCGACUACAAAUAGAACUCCAGGGACUGAAGUCAGACGUGGCAUAUGAGAUACCCUCAGAUACACAAAGAUUGGCCUCAGAGUGGGCACGCGGCACAAAAACGCUGGCAAUUAAAGUCGCGGAGUAUCAGGACCGCAUCACCUCGCUGGAAAGAGUACAACCUCAGGGACCAACCAUCGAAGAGCUGGUGGCAGAAGAGGAGAAUGUCAUCAAAAUGCGAGAGACAGUGAAGUCGCUUCAAGGCCGCUUGAGGGCAUUCCAAAACUUUCCCAGUGAUGCCUCAGGGGCGCGGGCAAAGUACAAAGAACUAGAAAGUGAACUUGAUCAACUUACGCAACAACGAGACUCAAUGGUUGAUAGUCUAGUCGAAAGGCGACAAGACUGCUAA